GGACAGUGCAUGCACCUAUCGGAUAGCAUUCUAAAAAGAGUACCGGACAGAGGUAGACGUCUCAUAAAAAAAAAUGUCGCGAAAAGUCGCCCUAGUGUUGUUCGUUGCUGUUUUAGUGGUGGUCACUGCAGAUAUCGCUAAUUUUAGUACCUGUGAUGAUGUUGACGACAGCUGCUCAAUCAACCAGCUCCGCAUAACGCCAUGUCGGUCGAAGAAAACCUGCAUCUUGAAAAAGGGCAACAAUGUCUCCAUGGAAUUCGACUACACGCCAAAAUUCUCAACAACAAAACUCAAGACAGCCGUCUACUGGGCUGACACUGGCGCUAUUUUCCCUGAUCUGGGCAUGGCCGAUGGCUGCGCGUUCACCACCUGCCCGGUGGAGUCCGGGCAGGCGGCCACCCUCUCCUACCAUCUUCUUAUUGGGAAAAAAAUACCCGUGGGUACAUACACAUUUAAGUGGGUCUUGUGGAACGAAGAGAACGAGGCACAACGGUGUUGUUUCAAAACGCCCGUCCAGAUUAGAAAAUAAUUAAUAAUUUUAUAGCCAUAAAAUAUAUAUAUAUAUAUAAAAAUAAAUAAAUAACUAUAUAUAAUCUGAAGAAACUUAAUAAACCUUGUCAUAUUUCUUUA